CCUCUCUCUCUCUGUUCUACACAUCUACAAACCACUCUUUCUCUCUCUAAAUAUACUUGCCUAGUUACAUAACGAUCAUAAGCUAUCAAAGUGAUAUAUCUAUACAUCAUCUUAUCUAUCUCUAGAGAAAGAGACACUUGUUGAAGUGAAAAUGGGAUUAGAUGAAGUGGGUGGGACAGGUUUUGUUGUGGGGAUUUUGUUGGGAGUGAUGUUGAUUUUGAAAUGGGGAUUGAAGUGUUUGAAUACAUGGAUUAACGAGAGAGAUUUGGAGGAGUCGAAGAGAGCGCGAUUGCCACCCGGCGAUAUGGGCUGGCCGCUCAUCGGAAACAUGUGGACGUUCCUUCGAGCUUUCAAGUCUAGCAAUCCUGAUUCCUUCAUUUCUAGCUUUGUUGACAGGUUUGGAUCGGGUGGUAUGUACAAAUCAUUUAUGUUCGGGAAACCUAGUAUCAUAGUCACGGUUCCCGAAGCAUGUCGAAGAGUACUGUUUGAGGAUGAUGCAUUCAAGCCAGGGUGGCCAACCGCCACACGUGAACUCAUUGGGAGAAAAUCUUUUGUUUCAAUUUCUUAUGAAGAUCACAAAAGGCUUCGUAAGUUGACUGCAGCACCAGUCAACGGCCACGAAGCCUUGUCUAUAUAUAUGCAAUAUAUUGAGAGUAAAGUGGUAUCCGCGUUGGAAAAAUGGUCACAAAUGGGCCAAAUUGAGGUCUUAACUCAACUUCGAAAACUAACAUUUCAGAUAAUCAUGUACAUUUUCUUAAGUUCGGAGAGUGAAGACGUGUUGGAGGCAUUGGAGAAAGAGUAUACGAAAAUUAAUUAUGGUGUUCGAGCCAUGGCCAUCAACAUUCCCGGUUUUGUGUACUAUUCAGCCCUCAAGGCACGAAAGAAGCUAGUCACCAUUUUGCAAGCAUCGGUAAGCGAGCGUAGGAAGAAGCGAGAAGAAAACCAAGGGAUGUCCAAAAGGGACAUGCUCGAUGCUCUUCUAGAAACUGAAGACGAGAAUGGAAAGAAACUAGACGACGAGGAAAUCAUCGAUACUCUAGUCAUGUACCUAAACGCGGGCCAUGAAUCUUCGGGCCAUGUGACGAUGUGGGCAACCAUCUUUCUCCAAUCACACCCUGAAUAUUUUAAAAUAGCUAAGGAAGAACAAGAGCGUAUCGCAAAGGAUAUGCCUCCGGGCCAAGGUUUGACCCUAAAAGAGUUUCGGCAGAUGGAGUAUCUUUCAAAAGUGAUCGAUGAAACCCUUCGCUUAGUGACGUUUUCGUUGAUGACAUUUCGAGAAGCCAAAAAGGAUGUUGAUAUUAAAGGUUAUCUUAUUCCCAAAGGAUGGAACGUGUUGGUUUGGUUUAGGAGUGUUCACCACAACCCUGACAUUUAUCCCCAACCCAAAGAAUUUAAUCCUUCAAGAUGGGAUAAUCUUGUACCAAAACCUGGAACUUUCCUUCCAUUUGGAGCCGGCACUAGACUUUGUCCUGGAAAUGAUCUUGCCAAGCUAGAGAUUGCCAUCUUCCUUCACCAUUUUCUUCUUAACUAUAAGCUUGAAAGGGUCAAUCCAGCAUGCCCAAUGAUGUACUUACCUCAUCCAAGGCCCAAAGACAAUUGUUUGGGAAGAGUCAUAAAAGUUUCAAAAUGAUGGAUCGGUCAUGGAGGGUAGAGAUGGAAACUAAAUAAAGUUUUAGCAUUUUAAGUCUUUUAUUUACUUUUCGAAUUAUGCACUUGGAUGAUUUAAUUAAAUCAUGGCUCAGGUCGUGUUUUACCAUUUUACCCCUAAUAUCGUUGAAGAUCCCAUUAGAGACAUCAAUUAUGGAUAUAGGGAUCAAAUUUUGUCUUAUUUGAUUUGAUUAAAGUUUGGGGGUUAUAUUAAUCUUUA